AUGUUUGUCUCAAAGUACAAAAAGUUGCCUCUUUCACUUUGUCUAGUUUCAUGGUUCUGCCAUGUUGGUUUGGCUAUGGCUUCAAGUGAGAGCAAUAGCAAUUCCAGAGACCUUGAUCAAACACCAACAUGGGCUGUUGCUUGUGUUUGCACUGUUUUCAUCUUGAUAUCCCUAACUCUGGAGAAGAGUCUUCACAAAGUGGGAUCGUGGCUACAUGAAAGGCACAAGAAGGCUCUGCUUGAAGCUUUGGAAAAGGUCAAAGCUGAGUUGAUGAUUUUAGGUUUCAUUUCACUGCUUUUGACUUUCGGGCAGAGCUACAUUGUUAGAAUAUGUGUUCCUGCCAAUGUAGCAGACAAACUGUUGCCAUGUCCAUAUACGGGUACCAACAAUGCAUCAAGCAGUGAAGAGGAACAUAGUAGAAAACUCCUCUCUUAUGAACGCAGAUAUUUAUCAGAUGAUACUACCUCUUACCAAUGCAAGGAGGGACAUGAGCCACUCAUAUCUGUCAAUGGAUUGCACCAAUUACACAUCCUCAUAUUCUUCUUAGCAGUCCUUCACGUGCUUUACAGUGCUGUCACAAUGCUUCUUGGGAGACUAAAGAUAAGAGGAUGGAAGGCAUGGGAGGCAGAGACUUCAUCUCAUGGGUACGAGUUCGCCAAUGAUCCUUCAAGAUUCCGGCUUACACAUGAAACAUCAUUUGUGAGAGCCCAUACCACUUUUUGGACAAGAAAUUCAAUCUUCUUUUAUAUAGGUUGCUUCUUUAGACAGUUUUAUAGGUCCGUGGGUAAGGCCGACUACCUGACUUUGCGCAAUGGAUUUAUCACUCUCCACCUUUCUCCUGGAAGUAAAUUUAACUUCCAAAAGUAUAUCAAAAGAUCCUUGGAGGAUGAUUUCAAGGUAGUUGUGGGAGUCAGUCCUGUCCUCUGGGCAUCAUUUGUUGUUUUCUUGCUCCUAAAUGUUAAUGGAUGGCAUGCUAUGAUUUGGGCAUCCCUAAUUCCUGUUGUGAUAAUUUUGACUGUUGGAACUAAACUUCAAGUCACGUUGGCAAAGAUGGCUAUUGAAAUCACAGAAAGACAUGCAGUUGUCCAAGGGAUUCCUCUUGUCCAAGGCUCAGACAGAUAUUUUUGGUUUGGUCGGCCUCAGUUAGUUCUUCAUCUUAUCCAUUUUGCUUUGUUCCAGAAUGCAUUCCAAAUAACAUAUUUCUUGUGGAUAUGGUAUUCUUUUGGGCUGAGAAACUGUUUCCAUGCUGACUACGAGGUUGCAAUAGUGAAAGUAGCUUUAGGGGUUGGGGUGUUAUGCCUCUGCAGCUACAUCACCCUUCCAUUAUAUGCACUUGUGACUCAGAUGGGCUCAAGAAUGAAAAAAUCAAUAUUUGAUGAACAAACAUCGAAGGCGUUAAAGAAGUGGCACAUGGCUGUGAAAAAGAAGCAAGGAGUGAAACUAGGAAAGUCCAGUGUGCGAACCAUGGAUGGAAGCACCAUUGAUUCAACAGCGCAUUCUUCUGGACCCAGACUACACCGUUUCAAAACUACUGGUCACUCAACUCGCACUUCGUCAACCUGUGAAGAUCAAGAUGAUGAUUCCCAAUCUGAUAUUGAAUUGUCUCCCACAUCACCAACAUCAAAGUUGAUUGUAAGAGUGGAUCAUGAUGAGCAAGGAGGAAAACAAAAUGAACACCAUAGUAUGAGAGAAAUCAACAACCAACAAUGAGGUUUUGCUACACGUUUGUCAAGCACAAACUAGCAUCAGAAGUGACUCCAUUCAACCAUUUUUUGUUCAUUUACAUAUAUCUUUACCUUCUUUAGAGCUUUCUAGAUAUUUGUAUCCUUAAACUUGAUAUAGUCAGUUAUUUGUACAUUCUUGUUCUUAAAAC